AUGUCCCGUCGCCUUGCUUCUGAUCAGAGGGAGCUGCUGCGAGGACAGGCAGACCAUGCGGCAGAGCCAGUCCAACAGCCUGUGGCCGUCAGAGAAACGAUCAGAGUCAAUGUUACGGUGUUGAAAACCAGUGGAGAAUUUCACAAAGGACAGGUUGUUUUUAAUAUCACCUAUGUUAAUGGACAGGUAUAUCUAAAUGAUUUUCCUAUGAAAAGUGGGGUUGCCCACAUAACGUGUCAAACAGUGAUACUGGAGAAUGGAAACCUGGAUAACUUACCAGAUCAGCAGCGCCUGGGAACUGUCAGCGUUCGCAUCAUGGUUCACGAGUGGCCUUUGGCAUCCAGUUCUGAUUUGCAGCUGAUUGUCAUUCAGGAAGAAGUGACAGAAAUUGAUGGAAAACAGGUUCAACAGGAAGAAGUAACAGAAAUAGAUAUUUUGGUAAAGGACCUGAGAGUACUUAGACACUCCAACUACACUGUCCCCUUGAAAGAGAGCAUGCUGUAUUCUAUACCAAGGGACAAUGACGUGUUAUUUACACUUCCCAACCUCUCAGGAAAAGAUAUUCAAGAUCCACUGCAAACUACCAGUCAGUACCUCAUCCGGCAAGUAGAAACUACAGUAGAUGAAGAGACGUUACCUGGCAAGUUACCAGAGACCCCUCUUAGGAUAGAACCUCCAUCAUCAUACAAGGUGAUGUGCCAGUGGGUGGAAGACUUGAGAAAAGGAUUAUGCAGAUUCUGGUUUCGAUCUUUACCCAUCUUCUUUAGUUUCAUGGAAGUCAUUGUAGUUGGAGUUGUUGGAGCAGCUCUUAUUCUCAAAGUCUUAAAGGUGAUUUUCCCUUCCUGUGAAAACAAAGGCAUCCUUCUCCUGGAUCAAGUCAGCUUUGUACCUGUGAUUACCAUCAGCUUGCCUUCAGAUUUUCCAGACAGGAAAAAUAAUUUAGAUGAGAAAGCAUGUACUUAA